AUGAGAGCCGCUCUUUCACUCGUUGCCCUUGCCGCUUCGGCAUUGGGAGCCAACAUCCCAAGGGCGGAAGACAAGGCGCUUUACGAUAGACACGGGGGCGGCGACAGUCACGUAACCUACACCACCGCGGUCAUCGUCACGUAUACUACCGUUUGUCCAGUCACGGAUACCGUCACCAAGCCCGGCAGCACCUACGUUACUACCUAUACCACCACCAGCACCGUCAAGACUGCUGUCCCCACCACCGUCGUGGUGACCCAGACGGAACCUCCCGUGACCAAGACGGAGGGCCAAGUCAUCUACACGACCCUGACCGAGCUCUGCCCUGUGACCGAGACCAAGGUUGUCGAAGGCUCGACGGUUGUGGUCACUUGGACCUCAACGUCGACUGCCGUCACCAAGGUUGCCAGCACGGCAACUGUCGUCACCAGUGUUGCCAAGACGGAAACUGUUUACACGACGAACAUCAAGACCGAGUAUGAGACCACCAAUGUCUACGAGACGGUCACCUGCCCUGUUGUCACAUCCACAACCGUUUCCGAAGGCUCUACCAUUGAGAUCACCAAGACCAACACCAUCACCCUGACCAACACCGAGGUCCAGACUGUCACCACGGUGAUUCCCGUGACCAUGACCGAGGAGGUCGACUACACGGUCACGAUCCCCGCGACAUCGCAGCAGACCAUCACGGGCUACUCGACGGUCGUGGUGACGGCCAGCGACAUUGAGUACACGUCGGAGCAGCCGCUGCCCCCGACCACCAUUGUCAUUCCCACGUCCAUCACCACCCGCGUGCCGCCGUCCAUCAUCACCACCACCACGUCGCGGCUGCCCCCCGUCCCGGGCAACGCGACCACCACCGCGCCGGCCCCGCCCGUCGUCACGGGCGCUGCUGCUGCCGUGGGCAAACCAGCAGGCGCUGUCGUGGCGCUUGUGCUAGGCCUUGCGGGCGGUUUGGCGCUCUUCUGA